AUGACUGAGAUGAGCGUUAUACGCAAGUCAAAUAAAGAAACCAAGAAAUACCAUCCACGACCCCGACCACCCGAUAGGAAAGGCAAGCUCCCUGAAACUGAUGACUUUUUCAUAAAUCGCGAGUACGUAGUCCCGUGGAAUCGAUUGAGGAGCUUGUGGACCGUCUAUUUCGGUUUACAAAAAGAAUUUCCAGAGGGCGUUGGAGUUAAAAGAAUUAAAGAAGCGUUAACGGACUGCGUGCGGUACAGAAAUAACGCGCUGGAGUAA